UGUAGGACUGAGGUCUGGCCAGAGUACUUCACUGUGCCAUCGUUUACCUAUGAGGUUGAAUAUAUUCUGAGUCAGGGCAAUACAGCCUAUGAGAAGGAAGCAAAGCCCCUGAAGCUAACUAAAGAUCAGAAACACAACAUAUUGGAGGCAAUGGCUAUAGAGAUGUAUAAAUAUGCUGGGUACCCAAGUGGCAAACAAAUUCGCCAAGCUGCUGAGGCUUUAGUGAAAAAGCAUCCGUGUCUGAAAGAGAAGACCGGAACAGGAUAUGAUGCCUGGAAAAACAGCCUUUUCUUUAAGAUGGGCAACUACCGUACGAAACUUAGCAGAGCAGGCCUGAAAGAGGUGUCAGUGAAUGCAGGAAAGCGUAGUCGACUUCACCCCACUGCUCCAUCAGCCCACUCUCAAAUCAAGCGCCCCAGACGGGGAGAGAUUAAUUACCUACCAAAUUAUCCCGCCGGUGAAAGCAAGGACAGCUUGGAGGCUCAAAGAAAUGAACUCCAUAGUGAGUUUCAGAAAGCUCCUGCCGAAAGAGAUGGACCACUCAUCUUCUUGCUCAUGCAGAGAACAUUCGCGUUGAGACGUGAGGAAAUAAUCAACAGUCCAAGGCCUAUUGCAGAGCUGAGGGAGCGGUGGCCUGCCCUCUUCUGUGAAGCCCAGCUUUACAAGGAGGUCCAUCGCAUCACGAACCAAAACCUCCCCUUCAACUUCUUCGCGGCACUGGACAAAUACACUCCACAGCUCCUGAACCUCUACAAAGAGAAGCAGACGGGAACCUUGGGCAAGAAAAUGGCUGCGCUUCUUUCUGAUUACAGUAAACAGGAUAAUGACAUCCAGGCAACCAGAACUGCUGUCCUGUUUGGCCUGGCCCUGUAUCUCAAAGAAGAUGCGUCGGAGAUUUUCAAGAGCUGCAAGGAAGUCGACUUCGAGGAAUCCCGAACAGGAGCCGUCACACUCCUUGCACUUACCGAAGACAAUCCAUCUGCAGUACCGUUCAACCCGCAGCACGUUACAGUCAUUCUGGAGGACCAGGUGGUUCUUUCACACAAAUAUUGGGUAGACGCACUUGUUCUUUUGUUUGGUCUGAUCUAUGCCCUGCACCUAGAGUACCCUGCAAAGCUUAAGGGUUUCUUUGAGUUUAUUCAGGUUGUCCUCCUGAACCUCGAUGAUGGAAGGCGUCAGAUUAAGCCAAAAUUGCUGUCACUCAAGAAUGAGUUAGAACUUGGUGUUUGA